UCUAACCGAUUUAUAUGAAAUUCAUUUUUCUUUUUACAAAAUUACAUUUGUAUCAAAGAGUAAAAUGGAACGUAUAACAUGUUAGUGACACACAGAGAAAAGUUGAAAAAUCUGUCAAAUUCGCAUCAAACACUGUUGGGCGUAACAAUAUCAAUUAUUUCAUGAGAUUUAAAUAUUAAAAUUUCUUUAAAAAUUUGUGAAAAUGAAUACGUUAGAUAAGCAGUUGGCCGAUCUACGGAUAUAUGCAAACGAAUUAGACGCAAAGCUACAAGAUGACAUAAAUGCAGCUAAAAAGAAGCCCUCAAUUCCCCCAAAGAAGAAUAAGGCGCCGCUGCCGCAAAUACCGCAGAGUUACACUGUAAAGUCUGCCUGCGAGCCCUCAUACUCCUCACGACUUGAGUAUGGAAGUCGGACGAGUUCCACAUAUUCAAAUUUGGUGCCAGUGAAAAGUUGUAUAGUUCGUAACACAGCGAGAGCUCGUAGCGGCGAUGUCCUGCUCUACAGUAACCUGCUGCCUCCGGGUGGGACCAACCAUGUGUACUCCAAUAUAAUGAUGCAGCGUAAUGCUUACGGAGGAGACAGUAUUUACGACAGAGGAUCUGAUGUCUCUAGAAUUACUGACUUAGGAGCACAAUCGAACUACAGCGAGUUGAGACGGCCUGGCUCUGCGUACCCGCCGUCGUCCGCCUCCGUAAAUGCGCAGGACUUUUCGACGUAUGGUGGAUCGCAGACCUCUUCCACCUAUGAGUCAUUGUAUGAGCCUAUCAACCCUAGACCAUGUAGCCAACUGUCUGGGACAUCAUUGUAUGGUGGUUAUGUUGGUACUGCUGAGCCAACUCCCGAGCCAGAGGAUGAGCUGUACUGCGGCAACUGCUACAAGUGUGGAGAGAAGAUCAUGGGCGAGACCACAGGGUGCACUGCCAUGGAGAGGAUCUAUCACAUCAAGUGUUUCUGCUGUCAGCAGUGCGGAAUAAACCUACAGGGCCGACCGUUCUACGCAGUGCAAGGACGCGCCCUAUGCGAGCGUGACUACUUGGAGACUCUGGAGAAGUGUUGUGUAUGUGGUGACCCGAUACUGGAUCGCAUCCUGCGCGCCACCGGGAAGCCCUACCACCCGCGCUGCUUCACCUGCGUCGUCUGCCAGAAGAGUCUCGACGGCAUACCAUUUACUGUAGAUGCUGUCAAUCGCAUACAUUGUAUUGAGGACUUUCAUAAAAGAUACGCACCACGCUGCGCACGAUGUCGUGAGCCAAUCGUACCUGAGGGCGGCGCCGAAGAAACUGUCCGGAUCGUCGCCCUGGACAAGAGUUUCCACGUGGCGUGCUAUUCCUGCGAGGACUGCGCGGCGUCACUCUGCUCGCGGCAGGAAGGUCGCGGCUGCUACCCGCUGGACGACCAUUUAUAUUGCAAGGAGUGCAACGCCAGACGCAUUCAAGACUUGUCCAGAAAUAUUAACUAAAUGGCAUUAUUUAGGGAGCAGCAAUAAGGCAGGCCGGCAUAAUUGAACCGACCAAUGAGGAAUGUUAAUCUCUUGCUGGUCGAUAUUUUCAUUGAGGUUUACUUCACCAACAGGUGCAUUGAAGCUACUUUGCCAUCAGAGUUAUGAAAAAAAAUGUUGCUCCAUGUAAUCGUUAUCGAAUUGUCGGCCGUAUUUGGGUUAUCAAAGCAAUAUUUCCUCUAAGUAUUGAUAUUUGUUCAUCUGUGAGUUUCCCCAGCGAUAUGACUAAUAGUCUGAUUUUUUAUAAAUACAUUGUUGUUUUAUAGACCUUUAAUGAGGCUGGUGCGAUGUGAAUGGUUUUAUUUUGUUAGGUGCAAACAAUAGCUAUUAUUUUUAUUGUAUUAAAAUUUUCUUAAUAAUGGCAUCUAAAUGCGUUUCAUGAAUAAAAUGUAAUAUGGUCUGAAAAUUUUAAAUCUCAGGAAGAUUAUAAUUUGCGUCCUUGUAGUUAAACUUGUAGGAAAUUUUCAUGUUUAAUAUUUAGAAAAUGUAGAAUGUAGGGAUUAGGGCUUCAAUUGUUGGUUUGCUAAAAACUGUUGUUAGUCAAAUGAGAUUCGAAAGUAUUUUAUUCUAGAUAAUGUGACGUAGUUUUGAUGUAACAUUCCUGUAGCAUUUAUGUUAUUGUAAGGCUGUGUAGCAGUAACCAUUCAACAAUAUUUACAGUAUUAAUUUUUAGAAUAUUUUAAUGUGAUCACUUGAUAUGUAAGUUUUAUAUAUUCUUUUUUAAGGCAAUCUAUUUGUAUUAUAAGGACAGACUGCAUUUACUCUUUUUUAUUUUUAUAUUAUGGGCUAAUGAUUUAAGUAAACACAGAAUUAAAGUAUAGGACUUGAUUAGUUUUCCAAUAAUCAUCUUCAUGAAAUACGCAAAAAAAAACUCGAAAGUAUAACUUGUUCUUGGUUUGCAUUUUGAUAACUAUAUGUAUGUAGCCACAAACAUAGCCAAACAAAUUCAAAAUUUCAAAUCGCAUUUAUAAUUUGUGUGAUUUGAUGUGCGUAUUAACAAUCGUUUUUCUUCAAAAAAUAAGCUACAAAGGUUUUGUUUUGAAUAUUUAUUUGGAUUGGUGCAUAAUUUUAAUCUUUUGAACAAUAGUACCUACCUACCGUUAUAUUUUAAGAUUAGUUAAGUACAUUCUCAGUACCAUUUUAUUGUUGAGAUUACAAGCUUCUUCACACAACAGUGCCAUGUAUUUUGUAUGAUUCCAUUAGGUUGUGUCUGAAUUGUAUGUUGAUCUUAAAGUUUACAAUGUUACUAGCUAAUAAGGUAUCUCUAUGUACUUACUGUGAGUCAAAGAAUAAAUUGAUGUUAUGGACAA